AGAAUAUUACAUUGACCACCAUCUGUUUGGUGAAACACACCUUUUUUAUUUACUACUUACCAUAUCAUCAACCCGCUGGAAUCCGAACGGCCAAAUGUCUUCUCUGCAGAGGGCUAUCGAUGAAUGGUUGCGUUUGGAUAAGAAUGAGACCACACGUCGCGAAGUAGAGGAUCUCUUGGCUAAAGGAGACUACGCAGAACUUGAAAAGCGCAUGGGUUCUCGAAUCGAAUUUGGGACAGCUGGUCUUAGAGGGAGAAUGGAAGCCGGAUGGGCUCGAAUGAAUGAUCUCAUUGUGAUUCAAGCAUCGCAAGGUCUUUGUGCAUAUGUACUGCAGAAUGUGCCAGAUGCUGCAACUCGCGGAAUUGUGAUUGGCCAUGAUCAUCGACACAACUCAGAACGAUGGGCGAAACUCACAGCAGCGACUUUCGUUGCUAAUGGCGUGCAUGUAUAUUUGCAUCUCGGACUAGUCCAUACACCUCUAGUACCCUUCAGUGUUCGCAGAUUACGUGCCGCAUGUGGUGUAGUGAUAACAGCCAGUCAUAACCCAAAGCAAGACAACGGUUACAAGGUCUACUGGGAGAACGCCGUCCAGAUAAUCGGGCCACAUGAUAAAGGUAUCGCUGCGUCGAUCAAGGCUAACUUUGAACCGCAAAAUUGGGACGUCUCCAUCCUGAAUACCUCCCCGCUGUGCCUCGAUCGCACCUCCGAGAUGACCCAGGAAUAUUACACCGCUUUAGCAUUCCUCAGUCAUACAAGAUCACUCAAUGCCAGCUCUUCAAUCAAAUUUGUCAAUACUUCGAUGCAUGGCGUGAGCCAUGUGUUCGUUUGCAAAGCCUUCCAUGACUUUGGUUUCCAGUCUUUCCUUCCUGUACUGGAACAAAUGCAACCGGACCCAGAAUUCCCAACUGUAAAAUUCCCAAAUCCUGAAGAGAAAGGGGCUUUGGAUCUAGCUAUGGAGGUUGCGAACAGAGAAAAAGCAAGCUAUGUGCUGGCGCAAGAUCCCGAUGCCGACCGCUUUUCGGCAGCAGAACGAAGGCCAGAUGGAUCAUGGGUCACUUUCACCGGCGACCAGUUGGGCGCACUCUUUGCUAUCUCGGUACUUGACAGUUACAAAUCGUCUGGGAAACCACUCAGUAAAUUGGCUAUGGUCGCUUCAACGGUUAGCUCCAAGAUGCUUGAAGCAAUUGCAGCAGCAGAGGGCUUCAGAUUUGUGGAGUGUCUUACUGGUUUUAAAUUCAUCGGCAAUACUGCACUGGAUCUUGUUCAUCAGGGGUUCGAGGUACCAUUUGGAUACGAAGAAGCUAUUGGAUACAUGUUUGGUGAGGAAAUUCGAGACAAAGAUGGUGUUGCGGCUACUAUGAUGUUCGCGGAACUUGUCACUCGUCUACGUGAGGAGGGAAAGACCGCGAGCUCGAACUUGCAGGAAUUAUAUCAAAGAUAUGGCUAUUUCCAGACAAGCAACAGCUACUUCGUUUGCAAUGAUCCUCCAACCAUUGAUCGUAUAUUCACAAGGCUGCGCAACUACGAUGGCAAGGGGUUGCCCCCGAAGCCAAGUUACCCUUCUAGCAUUGCUGACCUAACUAUCAUCGCUGUUCGGGAUCUUACAAUUGGUUACGACAGUUCCAAUCCUCCUACGUAUAAGCCCACAUUGCCAUUGUCUUCUGGACAUAUGGUACAAUUUAGAGCGGAGAACCCAAAUGAUGGCACCAAGAUAUCUUUGACGAUCAGGACUAGUGGAACCGAACCCAAGAUCAAGUAUUAUCUGGAGGGGAGUGGCAAAGACGCAGCCUCCGUAGGAGCGCUAUUACCCAGAGUGGUUGCUGAGCUCGCUGAAGAAUGGAUGGAGGCGAGCAAAUCUAUUCGAUACAUGGAAGGAAGUGGGCGAAUUAGAUAUCGAUAGUGAGUUCAGGCCGAUGCAUCGAAAGCGUGUACAAUCUACAUUGCAUGAUAAUCAGACAAGUCAAAAGUGUAUGAGAAUGCGUUCUUGCUGAAUAUACUAUCAAAUAUGGUGGUUCAACACGAUUGCCUUGGUGACGUUUUUUAAGAGUUGCUCACCUCAGAAGUGGCUUCGCUGACAUGCACUUUGCCACGUUGUGCUGCCACUACGAGAUCUCGGAACGCAUCCAGACGAUCCGUCGAGGGCAACUUCAUAUCUUCAGCCGAUUUGUACAAGUUCGUAAUGUCCAUUGCGGUCAACGACUCAGGCUUGAAAGG